AAGGCGUUUUAUCUCCCAGCGCUGCUCUCUAGACUUUUUAGAAGACAUAGUGGAAUAUGCCAGUGUACGAAGAACCAAACAUAUAUCUGGAUCUCCAAGACACAAAAAUUUGAAGAAGAUGCACUUCAUUAAGAACAUGAGGCAGUAUGACACGAAGAACAGCAGGAUAGUGUUAAUCUGUGCUAAACGAACUCUGUGUGUGGCUUUUUCUAUCCUACCUUAUGGGGAGAGUUUGCGGAUCAGUGAUCUAAAAAUGGAAGGACAGAAGCAGCGACAUCCUUCUGGGGGAGUUUCAGUCUCUACUGAGAUGGUGCUUGGACUGGAAGGAGUAGAGCUGGGUGCUGAUGGCAAGGUUGUGUCCUAUGCAAAAUUCUUGUAUCCGACCAAUGCCCUUGUUGUUCGUAAAGCCGACAGCCACAGUGUUGUUCCCUCAUGUCGAGCUAGUGCUGCACGGAGUCUUCCUGGAUCAAGAUAUAAACCUGUGACAGCAAAAACGAUACCAGCAGGAACGGAGAUGGGAAGUGAAGCUGGGGAAGCUGCAGAGUAUGAUCCAAAUCUCCUGGAUGAUCCUCAGUGGCCCUGUGGAAAACACAAGCGUGUUCUCAUUUUUGCUUCUUACAUGACUACAGUCAUAGAAUAUGUGAAACCCUCGGACCUUAAAAAGGAUAUGAAUGAAACCUUUAGAGAGAAGUUUCCUCAUAUCAAGUUGACACUGAGCAAAAUUAGGAGUUUAAAGAGAGAGAUGCGAAACCUGAGUGAGGAGUGCAAUCUGGAGCCGGUUACUGUCUCCAUGGCUUAUGUUUACUUUGAGAAGCUCGUCCUCCAAGGCAAACUCAACAAACAGAACCGCAAACUGUGUGCUGGUGCUUGCGUUCUGCUUGCAGCCAAGAUCAGCAGUGAUCUCAGGAAACAUGAAGUUAAACACCUUAUAGAUAAACUAGAAGAGAGAUUCAGAUUCAACAGAAGAGAUCUGAUUGGUUUUGAAUUCACCGUCCUUGUAGCUUUGGAACUGGCUCUCUAUCUUCCUGAAAACCAAGUUUUACCUCAUUACAGACGGCUCACGCAACAGUCUUAACCAAAGCUGCGUUCUGGGCGACAGCCAGCGGCGCUGGGGCUCACAUCACUGAACACUGCUGGUGUGAAGUUGUCGCUGGCCUCUCCGUGCCGCUGUGUUCAUCCUGCCGUAGCUACAGCUAGUCUGGCAGUCUGUAGUGUCCCGUUAAACUGUCGAGGUGUGCGUUACGGAUGCGUAUGCCAAGUCUAGGGGAUGGUACGAGAAGAGUUAUUGAACUUUAUUUUCUUUUGGACAUUUAAAGCACAAAUAUUCACCAGUCAGCUGUCAUGGCUGCUUAUUUUAUUCCUUAUUUAUCUUUUUGGUUUUACUAAAACUGAUCUUCCCUAUGAAGAAUACUAUGGUAUUAUUUCAUUGUUUUGUUGUUUGUUUUUUUUAAGCCUUUAUUGUAUUCCUUGAAACUAAAGGAAGCAUCACCUCCAUUCCAGUGCACC